AUGGGUCCAAAGGAACGGAAGUUAUUAAAAGCAGCAGGGCAAGGUGACCUGGCAGAGACAGAUCGACUCGUGCAAGAUGGGGCGAACCUAAGCACUAUCAAUGAGGAUGGAGAAUCAGCUCUGAGUCGGGCUGUCAACAAGAAGCACAACACCAUUGCCAAACUCUUCCUUGAAAAUGGAGCUACAACGGACUACACAGGCCCUCUCGUCAAAAGCCCGCUUCACAUCGCCGUUCAAACAGGGAACGUCGGAAUGGUAGAACUCUUACUGAAUAGCGGUGCCGACAUCGACGAGGUAAAGGACGUCGACUUAGUGCUGAGUCAAGCCAUCAAGGCCAACCGGGACGAUGUGAUCUGUCUCCUUCUCUCCCGAGAUACUGACGUGAAUCUCUCCUGCAACGCAUUCUCGUCGCCUUUGGGACAUGCUCUCCGCCACAAGAAUGAGCGCCUCGUUCAGAUCCUGUUCAAAUACGGCGCCGAUAGGGAUGUCGUACUUGACAGGGUGCUCGAGGCAGUUGUAAGGGCAGCGCCCGAAUCCCUUGAAGGUCUUGUUCGCGAUUGGCGAGCACAGGGAUAUGAAGAAUUCGUCAAAACUAUUCGGAGUCCACCUUCCGACAUGGCAGAAAAAGAAAAGGUCCUCGCCGCCGCUCUGAUAUGCGCCUCGAAACGCUGCCAGCCAGAGAAUCAUUCCAUAUUUGUAGAGUUGGCGGAGGAGUUCAACAUUGCGAGAAACAAAGCAGUAUGA